AUGAAGCCAAAGCAGGCUAUGGAAUACGUGGUCCAAGACUACAACAUCCAACUGAGUGGAAAAAUGAUAAGCAGGGCACUUAAGGCAUCUAGGGAGGAGGUAAUUGGCGACAAAGGAGCACAGAAUGGUAAGAUUAGGGAUUACCUGAUGGAACUGCAUAGGAAAAACCCGGGUUCAACUACAAGAUUAAAUGUGAUACCUCAGCCAGAGUCUCUCCCUUUGUUUGAUAGACUAUAUAUAAGCUCUGAUGCUUGUAAGAAGGGCUUAAUAGAAGGAUGCAGGCCUUUGAUUGGAUUAGACGGUUGUUUUCUUAAGGGCUAUUACGACGGCCAGCUACUGUCUGCAGUGGGUCAAGAUGGCAAUAACCAUUUCUUUGUUAUUGCAUAUGCAGUUGUGCCAAAUGAGUGUAAGGACACUUGGAAAUGGUUCUUAACACAACUUCAACAUGACUUAGGUGAUAGCACGGAAAGGGGCUGGAACUUCAUUUCAGACCAACAAAAGGACAUAUUUCCAAGGGCUUUUCAUAGGAACUGCGUACUACAUAUUUGGAAGAAUUUCAUUGAGCAAUUUAAGGACCAACAGACCAAGCAACUUGUAUGGGAUUGUGCACGUUGCACCACAGAAAUUGUGUUCAAGGCAGCUAUGGAAAAGCUGAAACAGAUCAGUGUUCUAGCUUGGGAAUAUCUUGAUAGGUUUGAUCCAGCUACUUGGUCGAAGGCAUUUUUCAGUCCCGGACCCAUGGUUGACAAUAUCACCAAUAAUAUGUGCGAAGUUUGGAAUGCUAAGAUAGUGGCAUACAGGGGUAAGCCAAUACUGACAAUGUGCGAGGACUUAAGAUGUUAUCUAAUGCGAAAGAUGGCAGCACACAAAAAGAAGCUAGAGAAACAUGUUGGCGCUUUAGCUCCAGUGCAGCAAAAAAGAUUGGACGACUUCAUUAAGCCAAAAAGCCAUAACUGGAAAGCUAUCUGGGAUGGAGAUAGUAAAAGAGUUCUUUUUGAAGUGCACUGUAUGCCUUGUAAACAUGCAGUGGUAGCCAUGUCUAAGAUGGGCCUUAGGCCUGAAGAUUUUGUGCAUAAGUGGCUUACAAUGGAAGUAGUAAGAGCUACAUACUCACAUUGCAUCAAACCGGUUAAUAGUGAAGAGUACUGGGUACAAUCGAAUGCUCCUAAUACUCUUCCUCCGCCAAUCAAAAGAGCUGCUCAUAGGCCAAAGAUGAAGAGAAGAUCAGACCCGGUUAAGAAAGAGAUGAAUCCAAACAAAUAUAGAAAAACCUUUCAAGUCACUUGCUUAAAGUGUGGUCAGCUAGGACAUUACUACAAGACUUGUACCAAUGCACCCCAAAGAAGGAGAGAAGGGCAAAGAAAGGGCCUUUGCAAUUUGUAG